AUGUGACAGAUCUCCACGUGUUUCUUUUCAAAACGCUUAUCUACACUGCCUGUUGAGACAUUACUGCCACCAACUGUUGAAGAACAAAGUGAAACUGGCAGCAGGAAUUUGUAGAGUUCUGCAUGUCUCUCUUUGUGGAUACACUUUUUGCAUAGCUAAACGGGCGUUAUUACCAGUCUAUUACCAGUAAUAACAGAAUAAUUCCACAAUGCCAGAAUUUAUGAUGUAUAGCAGAGAGGUUAGAUAUUUUUGCAGCUUCUCUGUUGCUGUAAAAUCAAAAUGUACAUUUCACCAUUCUGCUUUGGUGUUUCUGGUGUGAAACGCCUCAGGCUCAGUCCAAACCAACCUCAGUGACACAAUCAAGCGGGUAGCUUUGUCGGAUUUGGGCUCCUCCAGAGCCCCAGAGGGUAUUAUGCAAUAGUUUCCUGAGUUCAUUAAGAGUAAAGGGAUCAUGCUUUGAAAAAAAUGUUUUUUUAAAAAACAUAACUCAUCGUAAUAAUUAUUACUUUUCUUAUUCUUUUUGAAUGGAAGUGUAUGAAACUAAGCACUCAAAACUGUUAGCAAAGUUAAAAACGCGUACAGUAGAUACAAUGUCAGACUAAAAUAGAGACGCACCUGUUUUGCGUCGCAUUCUGCAGCCCUGCGCACAUAUUAAAUAAAAAUAAAAACAGUAUAGAUAAUAAAACAACAUAGAUAACCAAUGAAAAAUAAACGUGGUCUCCCUGUGAGUGCGCACAAUCACGGAGAAUGAGUUUACGCGUACUUAGACUUUCAAUCACAGCUCAUACUGUUCACAUUAAGUGCGCGUGCUAAAACGACAUCAACAAAUCAACUUGAACUGAGAGGAAGUGUUCUCUCAGAUUGACAUGCAAUAAUUACAGGGUGGUUUGGGGGGGAGCAUGAAACAUGACUCCUCCACAGUAAGAGGUGUUUUAAACGGAGGACAAUCAUUCGAUACAAAAGAGGUGGCGUGAGCCACGGAAACGUCACCAGUCCCCGCCUUAAAUUAUAAGAAUCAAUUGUUCGAUUUUUGCCCCCCCUAAAAUCAGAAUAAAUUGUUGGAGGCGUUAUCUUAACUGCCAGGCACAGAGGGCACGCGGCUGUUGGAGACACAAACGCAUCAGGAUAAGUCAGACUGAAAUAAAAAUUAAAAACAUCGGUGGUGUAAUUUAAUAGCUGUCCUUAUCAUUUUACUGGGAACAGUUAAAGAGGUGUGAAGAAUGCGUUGCACCUCAGCCUGGAUUGGCUGGGCUUUAUGUUUGUGCGCAUCUCUGGCCGUGCGCGCACAGGACUACACCGAGGACGACGAGAUGAUCCUGGACCUGGUCGGCGAGGACAGGACUGAUCCUGAAACCGGAACCGACCCGGCAGCCGAGUUCAUCAGGUGCAACAAGGUAGCCUGGCGCAUUCCCGGACAGUACAUAGUUGUAUUGCGUCAGGGGACGCACGAGUCUCAACUCCAGAGGACCAUCAGGAAGCUGCGAGGCAAAGCAGCCAGGAGAGGAUACCUGGUGGAGAUCCUGCAGACCUACUCAGGAGCACUGCGUGGCUUUCUGGUCAAAAUGAGUAGUGACGUCCUUCACCUGGUGGCGAAGCUCCCUCACGUGCACUACAUAGAGGAGGACUCAUCCAUCUUUGCUCAGAGCGCCCCCUGGAACCUGCAGCGGUUACUGCACCCUUACGGUGGCUUCUCUGAAAAUGGAACAUACAGACCUCCGAAUGAUGGAGGGAGGACGCAGGUGUAUCUGAUGGAUGGCAGUGUGCAGAGUUCUCACAGAGAGGUUGAAGGACGGGUACUCAUCACAGACUUCAAUAACACCCCUGAAGAGGAUGGAGUCAGAGUUCACAGACAGGCCAGUCAGUGUGACAGCCAUGGUACACACGUGGCAGGUAUUGUGAGUGGAUCAGAUUCAGGUGUUGCUCGAGGGGCUGGUGUUAACCUAGUGCGUGUGCUCAACUGUCAGGGUAAAGGGACCAUCUCAGGAGCUCUGGCAGGAAUGGAAUACAUCCGAGCCACUUUACUGGCCCGCCCAGUGGAUGCAGUAGUCGUGUUGCUUCCUUUUGCCGGUGGCUUCAGCCGUUCAUUAAACACAGCCUGUCGAGACAUGGUGGCUAACAGCGCUGUGGUCAUCGCUGCAGCAGGGAACUACAGAGAUGAUGCCUGUCUCUACUCACCUGCUUCAGAGCCUGAGGUCAUCACAGUGGGGGCAGUUAACUCAAUGGACCAGCUCAUGUCACAGGGAGCAGGUGGCACCAACUUCGGCCGCUGCGUUGAUUUGUUUGCACCCGGCGACGACAUCGUUAGUGCCAGUAGUGACUGCAGCACCUGCUUCACCUCCCGCAGUGGAACCUCACAGGCUGCUGCACACACUGCAGGUGUCGUAGCAGUGAUCCUGUCGUCCAAUCAGAUUGUAUCACCAGUGCACGUCCUCCAGCUGAUGCUGCACUACUCCAUCAGCAACACCAUCGACUUCCUAUCUCUGUCCAAAAGCCAUCGGCUCACUACUCCAAACCUGGUAGCAGCCAUGCCUCCGGCUAUCAAAACGUCACCAAAUGGGGAGCUUCUGUGUCGGUCAGUGUGGUCAGAGAGGUCAGGAGUCGCGAGCACCGACAGGGUCAUCAGCCGCUGUCGUCAAGGGGAGCAAAUGAUGGGCUGCAGCAGUUAUGCUCCUGAAGGCGUCCGUGUGGGGGAAACCAUCACUAUGAACAGCGGACGCAUGGAGUGUGUUGCCCAUAAUGGUCCAGCAGGUAAAGGUGUGUAUGCUGUGGCCCGCUGUUGUGUGAUAAGCGGUCUGCAGUGCCAGGUCCAUGCUAGUCCUGAGCCCGGACAAGCUGCUCAGUGUGUCGGCCCCCAGCACCACCUGACUGGGUGUACAUCGAUGUCCACGGCUGAGAUCUCAUCUGAUUCGCAUCCACGUCACAGCCAGGGGAAGUGCUGCACGGUAAAAGAGGGGGUCACGUCACAUGCGAUAUGCUGCCAUGCUCCAUCUCUUGAGUGCAAACUGUUGGAAAACAUAUCAGCUGACAAAGAUCAGGUUGAGGUUUCCUGUCCUUCCGGCUGGACUCUGACAGACUGCAGUGCCGUCUCUCGGGGCUCUGCUAUCUUGGGGCCAGUUGCCAAGGGAAACAGUUGCCAUGUGUAUGGUGCCACAGGAGUGGAUGGAGCAGCGGGUGCUGCUGUCUGCUGUCGUGUCGCACCACCAGAGCAGCAAGCUGCAACACCUCACUGAUCCAGUUUCACCUCACUUUGGUUUCUAACAUCGUUGGAACAGCUUUGACGUUGCCAUUUUUGUCUUUGGUCAGUUUUAAACCCCCUUACACUUUUCUGAGACACCUCAACCUCCUUAAUAUUCACUUAAAGCACUUCUGUAAAGCUGUUCGUGUGUGUUUUAGUUUUAGGAUUACGCCAAAUUAUGCUCCAGUGCACAUAUUAUAUGUGACUUGACAACCUGUAAGCUAUUUUUGUAUCUUUUUACAAAACAGUUAUAAUAAAAAGAGCUUUCACAAACAUACGGUUCGGAUAAUAGUGUAGUAUUUACCCGGUAUACCAUCCGCAUGCCGUUUAGAAGUUAAUAAACUGAACAAAUGAAAUCAAAAUGUUAAGCUCUGGUGUCAGCCAUGUGUGUUUUAGAGUAGAAAAACAUGAUAAUGUGCACCACAGGUUGUCACAGUUAGCAUGUGUUAUGUAUGCGCUGAUUUCCUGACAUUCCUGUCUUGUGCAGCACAGCUGCAGGUAAUCAGCCUGAUUGGCAGCUUGAAAGUCAGGUACCUUUUGCUCAUUUUGUGAAACAGUAGGUGCAAACAAAAUGAGGUAAAUGGCUAACAGUAGGGACACCAGUUAAAAAAAAAUUCAUGUCUGCCCAGAGUGUUAUUGUGACAGUGGCCUUUAUGGUUCCAGUUAGAGACUUAGUUCUGAUACACAGGUGGAUGACUUCAGUGUGAACAAGAGCGCAGGGAAGCAUAUGAAAUGAAAAUGUCUGAUUGGCAGAAGACAGCAUUCUAUCUGACUGAACCUACAUGACCAAAGACUGAUAAGAAAAAAUAAAAACAAAGUUUACCCAGAAUACAGUAAAUGAAGCUAGUGCUGAAUUCAUGUGUGUAAUUCUGUUUGCAGGAUGCAGACUAGGUACAAAUUAAAGAUUUAAUUCUAAAUUAGAAUAAGCAUUCUCAAAGAUUCAGUUGGCGUUUGUUUCUUAUGUCAUUUUUCGUAACCAUUUAACUAGUGACCUGAUCCAUGAGCUGUAAUGGUCAAACUUAGAAGGCUCAGGCUUCUACGAUUUCUGAAAGAUAAAAGAAACUGCUCUUGUUUUUUAUUAUUUGGUCUGCUGUAACCUGUAAGUGGUUCCCAAAUGGUGUGCCUCAAGGCAAGUUCAGGCCUGCUAAAAAAUGAGUUGUUUAUUGCAAUUUACACAAAUGGGCACCAAAAGUUUCGAAACCCAUGCUGUAAACAAAUUAAAUUAUUUGUUGUGCAUCGUCUCUGCUGCAUAAAUUGUUAUCAGUAUCCACAUUGUUGCCACAGGUAAUGUUUUUAAGGUGCUGGAGACCGUAUAUAAAAGAUGGACGUAGGUUCCAGGACUAAAAAAUUAAACCAUGUGUGGACUUGUGUGCACUUUUUUCUAAUGACCAUCAAGUCCUCUAGUUGCAAAAGAAGUCCAGUUUAAUAGAAUGAGAAAGUGGUUCUUAGAUUGUUUGCCUAGUAAAAGCUUUCCUGAUGAGUUUAAGACCUUAGCGUGUAGAUUCAAGCCUUGCUGAAGACAAGCUGGUGUUCAUUUUGUGAACUACAGUUCCCAUUAGUGUCUACGAAGAUAAUAAAUUGAAAUGUGCCCCCUCAGUUUGUCA